UUCGUGUAGUCUGAUUGUGCAGCCUCUCUCGACUUAGCUCCUCCCUCGAUUAUUCAGACUGAAUACGUUUGGCGCUGUUGCUGAAGACGGAGUUAGUUACUGCUGGACUGGACUGGACUGGGACGCGAGUGUAAGCGGGUUGUGUCUUUAGGAGAAAGUCUGUGGAUGUAAACAAGCGUAAUUUCUGGUUUUAUUUCUAAAGCAAUUCAAAUAUGGACAUUCUCUGGAGGUAAGCUGGCACUAUUGGGGGAAUAAUUAAGACACUUGAUUAAAAAAAACGGAACCGUUUUCUUAUGCUACAAGUCAAAUAGUUGCACAGUUGUACCGCUACAUACUGCUGUUCCGCGGGUAGAGUGUUCACGGGUUGACUGGCUAGCCUUCCAAGGGAGUUAGCUGGCUAGCUAGGCGCUUAGUGUUUUGGAGCGUUCGCUCUCUACUUUCUCCUAACCAUGGCUUCAGCGGUAAGAGCGAGAGCAUUGUAUGACUUUAAUUCAGAAAACCCUGGGGAGAUAUCAGUGCGGGAGAAUGAAAUCAUAUUUUUGCACAGUGAACAAGACAUUGAGGGAUGGUUGGAGGGCUCGAACAGCAAAGGGGAAAGGGGUCUCGUCCCCGCGUCCUAUGUAGAAAUGAUCAAAAACGACACGGCCACGUCAUACAACAACAGCACAUCUGGAGAUGCAUACCAAGGCUCUCGUUAUUCCAACGUUCCCUCAGGUGGGUCUGACGCGUCCUACAAACCCAACAACCAAGUCGAAAACUUUCCACCGCCCCCCCCAGCUUUGUCAAGUUUAUCUGCUCCAGCUCAGCAGCACACCUAUCAGGCAAGCCAGGGUAGCGACGACGACUGGGAUGAUGACUGGGAUGACAGCUCAACCGUGGCUGAUGAGCCAGGUGGUGUCAGUGGACGUUAUCGUGAUUUUGACGCCAACGGACCCUCCACGUACAGCAUAUCCACAUCGUCCAGGGGAGGAAACGCACAGCAAGCAAAGAGCUCUGCCACCGUCAGCAGAAACCUGAACAGGUUUUCGACGUUUGUGAAGUCUGGAGGCGAGGCUUUCGUGCUGGGGGAAGCGUCUGGCUUCGUGAAAGAUGGAGACAAGAUAUGCGUAACAAUGGGACAGUAUGGCCCGGAGUGGCAAGAGAACCCCUACCCUUUUAGCUGCACAAUUGAUGACCCAACAAAGCAAACCAAAUUCAAGGGCAUGAAGAGUUACAUUGCCUAUAAACUGACCCCCACUCACACACAGAACCAAGUGAGCAGGAGAUAUAAGCAUUUUGACUGGCUCUACGCCAGACUGGUGGAGAAGUUCCCUGUCAUCUCAGUCCCUCACAUCCCAGAGAAACAGGCCACAGGGCGCUUCGAGGAGGACUUCAUCUCCAAGAGGCGGAAAGGCCUCAUAUGGUGGAUGAACCACAUGACCAGUCACCCAGUACUGUCCAAGUGCGACGUCUUCCAGCAUUUCCUCUCCUGCACCGAUGAAAAGGCCUGGAAGCAGGGGAAGCGGAAGGCUGAGAAAGACGAGAUGGUGGGAGCCAACUUCUUCCUGACCAUCAGCACCUUGGCGGCCCCACUGGACCUACAGGAGGUGGAGAGCAAGGCCGAUGGCUUCAAGGCGUUCACCAAAAAGAUGGACGACAGUGUGCUCCACGUCAAUGCCACCCUCAACGAGUUCGCCCGCAAGCAGAUAGCAGGGUUCAAGAAAGAAUAUCAGAAAGUGGGACUGUCAUUUAAAUCACUGAGUCAAGCAUUUGAACUUGACCAACAGACAUACUCGGUGGGGCUGAACCAAGCCAUUGCCUACACAGGUGAGGCUUAUGAAGCAGUUGGAGACUACUUUGCAGAGCAGCCAAAACUCGAUGUGGACCCAGUGAUGGAUUUGUUAGCACUCUACCAGGGACACCUGGCCAACUAUCCUGACAUCAUUCAUGUUCAGAAAGGCGCGCUGACGAAGGUGAAGGACAGCCAGAAACACGUGGAGGAGGGCAAGAUGGAGGGGGCGCAGGCGGAGGGCGUGCGGGACCGCUGCAACAUCAUCUCCUUCGCCACCAUGGCCGAGAUCCAGCACUUCCACCACAUCCGCGUGCGCGACUUCAAGGCCCAGAUGCAGCACUACCUGCGUGAGCAGAUCGGCUUCUUCCAGAAGAUUACCAGCAAGCUGGAGGACGCCCUGCACAUGUACGACAAGGCUUAAGGCCACCGGAUGAGACCCCCCCCCCCAACACACUCCUCCUGCAACACCCCCUAACCCACCUCUAUCUGUGACCUUGUGACAUCUUGCUGCUGUUGUCGUCCAGGGAUGGACCACUCCAUGUUUGUAUUAAAGCCCAGCCAGCUAAGGCGAGAGAGAGAGAGGGAGAGAGCAAGCAUGUUAGCCAGCUAGCUCCAUUCAGCAGCAAUACAAUGGACGGAACCAUGAGGACUUGGUGAACACUUCCAUCCCCUGAUUGCAAGGCACAUUCCAGAGAGGGAGAAAGGGAGAGAAAACAAAGCUUUUGGAAUUUUGCCGCUUGGCCACACUGGCAUGAAAUAAGUCUGUAAAAAAAAGCCAGCCUUCUAAGGGACGGGGGGGGGGGGGGGGGGGGUAGGGUAUGGCAAACUGUUGCUUAGCAUUAUGACCUUUGACCCUAAGGCAGAGGAAUCAGAAUGAUAAUUUCCUGUUCAGGAGGAGGUGUGUGGAUCUUUGAGCGAAAACACCACGGCGUACCGGACUGCCCACAUGCAUGUGUGUGUGUAUAAGUGAAGAAACAGAAGGAAGUGCGACACUCUCGGCCCAUCAGAUGAGAGGGGAGAACUUACGUGAUGGUGGGUCACUACCCGCAGUUCUGCAUACGGGAGAGGCAGUCUAUUUAGUGAAAGCAACAAACCAAUCUUCAAAAAGACAAAAAGUACACAAAGAUUGCUUGCACUUCUAAUGUAUCAAACUCUGGCCUUAUCACUCUGUUGAAAUGUAAGAUUUUAAAGAUUUAUAUGUAUGGCGUGCUGCCAUUGUGGGGUGAAGCUGCCCCCUCCUCUAAGGCAAGCAAACUAGAACAAAUGUUUACAGAGCCUUUGCAGAGCAGCUGCCAUCACUGUGUUGUGCCUUUCAACUAUGUCUUUUUUUUAGUAUUUUUCUAAUUACUGUUAAAAAAUUAAAAGACAAAGACAAAAUAAGUUUAUGUGUAAAUAUUAUAUAUAUAUUAUAUAGUCUCACAGACAUGUUUUUAUGAAGCCUAAUUUUACAGAUGGCCAUUACUAAGUAUGUGCCUAGCUUAGGCUGUGUGUGAGCAUUAUGCUUGGGAGUGGAGGGGUGGGGUGGGGUCUGUGGAGGUGAGGGUGAGUGUGAGUGGAGGAGAUGAACUAUGCUGAUUGGCUGAUUGGCCCUUCUGUGGUGUUUUGGACAACUUUUCCCAGGAUACGUCAUCCUAUUAGAUGUUGCGGGGGGGGGGGGGGCGGGGGAGAGACUUUUAUUUAGUCCCGGCUCAUUUCAUUGAGAACGCCAAGAGAGACUGAACCUGAAGAAAACACACACACACACACACUCAUACACACAAGAAGGGAAAUGCGAGGGCUGACUUAUUUUCAUUCUUGACGGUCCCUGCCUGCUUGUUUUAAUGCCAACUGUUUCUUUAACACUGAUCCACCGAUGAGUUAGUGUUUGUUUCAGAGGUCUUGUUGUUUUGUGGGGGAGACAGUUGGCCGGCUACGUGUCAUAUGCCACUUUUCUGAUGCUGCUCUCUUUGCAUCAGUACAGCAGUUAUGGGCUGCUGUUGCCUUGCCGACGCUGCCAUUUAGCACCACAGUCUGAGCGGUCCCAACUUAUGUGACCACAGAGGCCAUUUGGCAGUCUCCACUGUCUCCAUUUUGUUGUAUUUUAUUCAAUUUGAAUUCAUCCUACCAUGUGUUGGAUUGUCCACAUGUGGAUUAAAAGGUUUUAAAUGUUAUUAAAGCCUUUCACAAUAA